GAUCUGCAGGACUCGGACGUACACAGAAGAAGAAGAAGAAGAGAUAUCCUGAAACCAUGUCUUCUCCAACAUCGACUCCUGGCCGCAAACGUGGAAGGAACACAAACCCAUCCACACCUAGCAGUGAGGGUCCCACCUCCCCUCCCUCUCAGAGGCGCAGAGACCAUGACUCCUCCACUGGAGACCUCAUGCCGAUGCCGACCUCUCCUGCCACAGACGUGCUGAGUCCAGCAGCGCCUCAGGACACCUCUCUGUUCUCUAGCCCACGUCCCUCAGUCCUACCCAAUGAAGUGGACAUGAGCUCUCCUCUGAUGUAUGGGACCCCCAGCUCCAGGGUUGAAGGGACCCCACGCAGUGUAGUGCGAGGCACCCCAGCUCGACAGCGCCCUGAUCUGGGGUCAGUCAGGAAGGCUCCACAAGUUGAUCUUCAGUCUGAGCCGCCCAGUACUGAGGGUGCCGUAGCCAGUGAGCCGAACUCGGGUCAGAGACUGGUGAUUUGGGGGACUGACGUUAAUGUCGGGAAUUGCAAGGAGAAAUUUCAGAGGUUUCUGCUGAGGUUCAUCGACCCAACAUCCACUGAAGACGAGAAUGCUGGUCUGGACCUGAACGAGCCUUUAUACAUGCAGAAGCUGGAGGAGAUCAGUGUUGUCGGAGAUCCAGUGCUGAGCGUGAACUGUCGGCAUGUGCAGUCCUUUGAUGCAGAACUAUACAGGCAGCUCAUCUGCUACCCACAGGAAGUCAUCCCAACCUUCGACAUGGCAGUCAAUGAGCUUUUCUUUGAGCGUUUUCCAGACUCUGUCCUGGAGUUCCAGAUCCAAGUCCGCCCCUACAACGCCCUGAAAACCAGGAACAUGAGGAGCCUUAACCCAGAAGACAUCGAUCAGCUGAUCACUAUCAGUGGCAUGGUGAUCCGCACCUCGCAGCUGAUCCCGGAGAUGCAGGAGGCGUUUUUCCAGUGCCAAGUGUGCGCCUACAGCACCCGUGUGGAGGUGGAUCGCGGUCGCAUCGCUGAGCCGGCUGUGUGUCGCCACUGCAACACCACCCACAGCCUGGCCCUUGUUCACAAUCGCUCAGUCUUUUCAGACAAACAGAUGGUUAAAAUUCAGGAGUCUCCUGAAGACAUGCCGGCAGGUCAGACGCCUCACACAACUAUUGUCUAUGCUCACAAUGACCUGGUUGAUAAAGUGCAGCCCGGAGACCGCAUUAACAUCACGGGUGUCUACAGAGCUGUCCCCAUGCGCAUGAACCCACGCCAGAACAGCGUGAAGUCGGUGUACAAAACCCACAUCGACGCCAUCCACUUCCGCAAGACAGACGAGAAGCGUCUGCACGGUUUGGACGAGGAUGCCGAUCAGAAGCUCUUCACUGAGGACCGAGUUCAGACUUUGAAGGAGCUGGCAGCGAAGCCAGACGUUUAUGAACGCCUCUCCUCUGCCCUCGCGCCGAGCAUCUAUGAGCACGAGGACAUCAAAAAG